CCUCCCCUUUUCUUUCCCUCUUACACUGUUAAGAAGCUCCACAUGCGCGCACGCUCAUCCGUCUCUUGGUCUCUGUGAGGUUUCCUUCCGCACUCGGUCGGGAAUAAAGAAUAACUCCGGUGAUCCGGGGCGGUUGUGUUCACACCGACAGCGUUACUGCACUGUUGCGCAUUUCAAACGCAAACUUCUGCAUUAUUAAAACAACAUGGCAGAUCCGAUGACACAAUCCCAUCUGAUAUCGUCGUCCCAAGGGCUGAACGAUGGACACUCCAAAGACUCGAAGUUUUCCGAUUCCUUUUUUUCCUCUUCGCCUGUAUCUCUCAUUCAGUCUUCUCAAGACAAACGGGUGGCACCAGACUCUGAGAAGCCAUCAGAAGGUGUGCCUACCUCACUUCGCUUUUCCUCCCAACCAAGUUCUUUUUCUCCCCUGACCUGUGGAAACGAUAACUCCAUUUCCGCAAUUGGAAUCAAGGAUCGUAGUUUCCAAGAGAAAAGGGAGCUUUUUGAAUCAUCCCUUGGAUCUCAAAAACAGGACUCUUCCCCAAUAAAGAUCUCUCCUGUGUCUGAGCGAAUCAAAGCGCUGGAAGCACUAGCUGCUAAGCAAAAUGAUUCUGAUUGGAAUGAUGGAGGGUUUUCUCAUUUUAGAGAACGCCACUAUGAAAAGUCUCAUUCUGAGAUACAUGGGGUUACUCUUCGUUCAUCAGUUAAGAAACGACCCCCAUCGAGUGAACAAGAUUCUCCAGAAUCUCCCUUUGAGAUUCUUGGUGAUGCCAGACGUGGAAGUGACUUUGAGGAUACUGCUGACUGGAUGAGAGCUCAUUUGCCACCAGCGCCUAACUUCAACAUUGGUGAAUCGGACUUUGAUGAAAUGAAAGAGGUUACUGUUGUUUCUGAAUGUCCAUCUGAUGAGACAAAGAACAAAGAUACAGAUGUACAAGUAAUUCCUUCAUCUUUUGUUGGUGUUCCUGAUGAAUUCAUGGAUAACCCUAACGAAAUGGCAAAACAAAUGGUUGAUGAGUCUAAUCAGUCAAAGCAAGAAACCAUUGAGGAUGAUUCAGAAUUUGAUCUCAGAUUUUUACCGACAGCCUACAUGUGGGACAAACAAGAUAAACCUGACCCAAACACACAAGAACCUCUGUUCCUUUCUGAAACUCAGGAGAGUGAAAUAACUGCAUCUGCUGCACCUCCUGAUGGCUUUGAGGCUUCUUCCCUGGAGUCUCCAGCUCCUGUUCCUCAGGCUGACUCUUUUGCAAAACCACCUGCUUCCCUAGCUGUUGGCUCAGAGGGUGUUCAGAUCAUUGAGGCUGACAGCUCUGGUGAAUCUGAUAAUACAGUUAUUGAAGAUGCGCCUGGUGUCGUUGAUAAAGAUUAUGUUGAGUGUGAAAGUUCUACAGACAAGCAGAUAUUUCCAGAGAAACAGAGCAUUCAGGUGCCCAUUAUCAAUGUAAUUGAAACGGAGGAACAGGUUCUCAGUGAUUAUGAAGUAGAUAUUGAAGAGGAAGAUGAUGAGCGGCAAUAUCCUAUAACUCAAGAACCUCCAACAGAGGCUCCGACACCAUCUCAGGAGUGUUCGGACAUUUCAAGAUCAGAAUUUGAAGAGGAUUCUCCAAAAAUGGAUGAUGUUUUCUCACAAGAAAAUAUUGCAGAUUCCGAUGAAGAGUAUUCUCCAAAGCAUCAGGUAAUCCAAGGUGAUGUUGGCAGUGACACAAUUAACCAGACAUCUCUUCCCUCCAAGACUCCUAUCUCGGAAGACUCUUGCACAGAAUCCUCAGAGCCACAAAAUAUCUCUAAAACCACAACAGAAUGUCCAUUUGAUGACGUAAAAUUAGACACAACUGCAGAAAUUGUACCCGACCUCCCACCUAGUUAUGAAGAUCUCUCACAUGAUUUUGAGUCCAAUGAUAUAGAUACAUACUUGGAUCAUUAUACUAGUGAAGAGCUGGCUUUAAAAGACCAAUUAAAUUCUGGUGUGGUUGCUGUAAAUAACAAGGAUAUAAAGGAGUUAGUAAAACCUAACUCUCAACACAUUGAAAAUAGCACCAUGCUUGCUCAGCAGUCGUAUGAGGACACUGCUGAUGAGUUUGAGACAGUUGAAAGUAAACAGAAUUAUGAUACCAAACCUGAGCCUUUCCCUGCUAACAUUUCAGCAGAUGUCCGGGUGGAGCCUCUUCUUUCUCAGGAGAAAAUGCCAAAUCUUGAAUUGGAUGAUCAUACUGUAGAUAUUGAGGACAAGAUGACGAUAACAGAGUCAGGGAAUUUUUCUUUGAUCGAGGAAGAGGUUUACGUGGCCAGGAUUGAUGCAGAGUUGCCAUCUUUCCAAGAGAGUACACCUGCUCAAUUUUUUCAUGAUGAUCCAUCAGGCAAAAUCAGUGAUGUGAUCUCUGAUUUUGUUGCCAGUGAUAUAACUGGGGGACUAUUAUUAACCAGUACGGAACAAAAUAAAAUAAUACAGCACGAUGAUGAUGCACAUACACAGGUAUCUCCAGAAGUCACAAGCAAACCCGAGCAGCAUGUAGGAAUAGAACAUGAACAAGAUCGAAUAGUCCAACGUGGUACUCCUGAAAUUUGGAUAACUGAAGAGCCCACAACCAUAACUGAGCCCAUUGAGAUUGAAUCUGAACAAGAAGAAAUAAUCCAGUGCACUGAUCCAGAUACACAAACAUCUCCAGAAAUCCCCAAAGAACUUGAUUCCAGUGAGGAUGAAGUUUCUCCAACAGCUGCAACAGAUAGUUUUGUGGAAUUUAUGAGGGAGUGUUUAAAAUCCCAGCAGGAUGAGGAGUCUCUGAGCAUUGCUCAUGUGGAGACCACUAAGGAGCCCAUAUCUGUUGCUCCCCCUCCACCUGCUAUGGUCAUGGACUUGGAGCAAGAGUGCCUUACAAUCAGUGCUUUAAAAGAGCUUGGGGGUAGCCAUGAUGUCAGCAUUCCUAAGGACAUUUCAGUCUCUGCAAAGGAUACCUUCUCUCAACGUGUUUUUCAGUCCGAAUCUUUCAUUUGCCCAAAUCCCUCUCUUCACUAUCUUCCAAAUGAGAACCAGCCAGAUGCCUCACUAACCAAAGAGAUUGAGGCAAUCGACAUCUGGGUGGCAGAAGCCUACCACCUUGCAGAGCAUGUCUUGGCACUAAUACUAACCCACCUGACAGUGCAUGACUUGGUGUACUGGCGAGACCCCAAAAAGUCAGGCGUGGUCUUUGGCAUUUCCCUGCUACUGCUGCUGUCUCUGGCAGCGUUCAGCGUGAUCAGCGUCAUCUCCUACCUCCUUCUGGCACUGCUUUGCGUUACCAUCUCCUUCCGUGUCUACAAGUCCGUCAUCCAGGCCGUGCAGAAGUCCAGCGAUGGACACCCCUUCAAGGAACUGAUGGAGAAGGAUGUCAGCUUGUCUCCUGAGACCUUCCGCAAGCACGUGGAUGGUUGUCUGACCUACAUCAACCGUGGACUAAAGCAACUGAGCCGCCUCUUCCUGGUUGAAGACUUGGUAGAUUCCCUCAAGUUGGCCGUGGUCAUGUGGUUAAUGACAUAUGUGGGUGCCGUCUUCAAUGGCAUCACCAUCCUCAUUCUUGUGGACAUCCUUGCCUUUACUGUACCACCACUGUAUGAGAAAUACAAGACUCAGAUUGAUCACUACUUUGAACUUGUACGCACUCAUGUUAACACUGCAGUGGCCAAGAUUCAGGAGAAGCUUCCCAAAUCGGCAAAGCGCAGUAAAGCAGAAUGAUGCACCUCUCUCUCCUCCUUUCAUGACCACCUCCAGUAUCCCUGUAUCUCUAGGUUCUACCCCUCCCCAAUUUAAUCUCUCCUUAUAAACCUCUUACCAGCCAUGUGCACUGAACCAGCUAGUCUCUUUAAAAAAAAAAAAAAUCUUUAAAGCUUCUCAAUAUUCUUCAAUGUUAACUCUGAGGCUUAAUUAUGAGCAUUAGGGAAGAUGCUUGAUAAAGACGCUUACUGAAGCUGGUGACUCAAAUGCAGGAAAUGAUGUAAUUCCCCAACUGAAUGUCCAUUUAUGGGCAGGUUGUGUGAACUAGAUUGAAUCUGUGACCUGGUUUUGGAGUGUCCUACGAGUUGAUAAAAUAAAGACACGGGGUUGAGUUGGAUGCAAAUGUAUGCACUUAGAAAUGUCACAAUAAAUCCAUUGUGUUAGGAAAAAAUGGGCAGAACGAAGCAGGAUUUGAAUACAUCUUCACCUUAGACACUGAUUUAUUCUGAGUCUGUGACACACUGUUAUACUAGACUUGCAUAUAGAGAUCGAUUUGGAUAUGGACACUACACCAGCUGGGACGAUUCGCUCUAGUUCACUUUUCCUGUAGCGUUCAUUUUUAAUUGUGUAUGUAUAUAUAAGGUUACAACAAGCUCUUUGCUGUGAAGUAGUUUGCAUUGCUUUUUAUAUUUAAUAUCAAAUAUCUUCUGGUGUCUGUUUAAGACUCAGGCUUUUGUUCACAUGUUAAUUGUGUUAUGAUUAUGACUAUUAGGUCACAUAUAGAGUAGCUGCUUUUGACUCCCCAGGCUGGCAUCCUUAACGAGUAUUAUUAAUAUUCUUAUGCUUGAGUUAUUUGUAUAGAAUGUUCAGAGCUUCAGCAUCAUGGAGACGAUGGUGCAGCCUGUUACUGCUCUGAAGACAAAGAGGAAGAAUUUGUGAUUUGUGCCGGCGUCCCACAUAAAAAGUGGUCUUUUUCGCUGAUCUGGGAUCAGUCUUGGAUGCCCUCAGCUCAGCAUACACUCUAGAUGGAUUUGAAUUAGUAGAUUUAAGUUUUGUUAUUUUAACACAUGCCAAAAGCUGGAAACACGCAUUCAUAUUUGCAUUCGUUUACACAGUUGGGUUUCACAAGAAAGCUGUUAUGAUAAAGCUCUUUUAACAUGACUAAUGUGGCUUCAAACAUUCACAUCUAUAAGGGAGUUAAUUAUAUAAGAGGAGAAAAACUCGAUGCACUUUUCUUAUUGCCUGCUCUAUAUUUGGCACUGGAUAUUCUACCUGAAUCUUAGCUUUAAAUGUAUCUGGAAGCACUGUUAUCGUAGGCUUCAGUGUCAAAAGUACACCUGUAUUUAUUAAUGCACCAACGUAUAAAGCACCGGAUUAAUGGAGUAACUACUGCUAAUACUACUACACACGUCUACCAUCUGCUGAACGUUUCCUACUAAUAUUUAUGCAAAAUCAAGUGUCGCAUGCAACCCUACAUGUUCAUGUUGGAACCUGUUUUAUUGCAGUGCAAAUUCGCUUCAUGUGGGUUGUUUCAUGAAGGUUUAGUUCACUACAUGGCAUUGAUGUAUAAUACACAAACAAUAUCACCCCUAAAGCUUGACCAUAGUCUCAGAGUAGAAGAUCCUGAAUAUUUAUUUAGGGUUUUUAUGUAUCCCCCAUCCUCCCCAUGUAUGCAUGCAAACAGCACACCUAGACACACUCAUGAACAGGUGAAAGUAUGCUUCAUUUAUUUCCGUACCCUCAUGUUGCUGAACUAACCGGCUUCGGUGUCGUGAUGCUUGAAAAUAGGAUCAUCUUCUUCUUUUUUUUUCUUUUUUUU